AAACUGCAUCAUGAGGCAAGUCCUAAUGUGGAAUCCUGAGGGAAAGCGGAAAAGUGGAAGGCCGAAGAACACAUAACGUCGGGAAAUAGAAUCAGAUGUGAAAAAGAUGAAUAACAACUGCAAAGAGCGCGAAAGGAUUGCUCAGGAGAGGGUUGGAGGGAGAAUGCUGGUGAGUGGCCUAUGCUCCUUCACGAUGAGUAACAGGCGUAAGUAUGUAAGUUGGUCAAAGGCCCAAAAUUACUCCACUGCCUUGUGUAGUAGACCUUCAGGUCGAAGGCUUGAUGUAUGGACCCUGCUUCAGUUUGGACAACUGGGCAGUAUCACAUUCCUCUCACACAUCAAUGACAACUGCUACCGAAUUCAUUGUUAUUGUGUGGCACAUAUGUAUUUGGUUUCCCCUUGUACCAAUUAAGUCCAUACUUUAUACAAAUGUUCGACCAUAUAAAUCUAUUGAAGGGUAUGAAACUCCUUAUAACAAUGUUUGUUUGGUUAGUCAAAGAGAAUAUUGAAGUUGAAUAUUCUGGUAUGGAAUAUGUGAUUGCUGAUAGUGUUGUACAAUAUAUUAAAUGGUUCUCUGAAGAACCACGUCGAUGUGUUGCUAGAUUUGCAUUUCAAUAUGUAAAAGAUAAUGAUCGACGUAGUGUAAUAGCUGUGCAUAAAGCUAUUAUUAUGAGAAUAUCAGAUGGUUUAUUACUUCAAGUAUGUCGUGAAGAAUUUUGUGAUAUGCUUUGGAUACUGUCUGCUUAA